AUGUAUCAACAUGAUGCACUCCGGCAAGACCUCCUCUAUCGCCUGCGGUGGAAUGUCUUCGGCCCACUACGUGACAUCAAGGUGGUGGAAAAGCCGAGCGGUGAUAGCGAGGGCGGUACACUCAGUCCAUUACAAGACCAUCCUAUUGCAUCAGAGUUUGUUGGAGUACCGCCUUGUGCCCAAAUCAGACUGGAGAUAACGGAAUGCAUUACGAAACACAAUUUCGAUUAUACAAGUGAGCUGGGGAGCGAUGACGAUGAGGAAGAAGAAGACGAAAAGGAUAGUGAUGAGGACGAGGGUGACGUCGAGCAGGGCUAUCAACCACCUCCACCGCUCAUCAUCAGGAACAGCGACGAUACCCCAAUCACUAUAGAGCAAUUUUUCAAGGACGAGAUUUAUUCGGGCCCGGAAAACAACAACGACGGUCCCUGGCUGACAGACCUUGGGCCGAGGAAAGAAACCGGAAAUAUACCCGAAGGAACAGACAUCUACCUCCAAUCGGCUACGGGCCACAUGUACGAGGACGGGCUUUGGGUCCAAGUAAGCCUUCUCGUCGAUGGAGACUAUGGCCUCACGAAAGAGGCGCUGUGGUCUUUCCAAGCAAAAGCCUACAUUCCAUCACUACCCCCUACCCAUGUUCCCCACAGCACUGAACCGAAUCCUUUAAAUCCCAGCGUUUGA